UUAUGACAUGAUUAAUAUUUACAUGAAUCUACAUCCCUAACUUAACAAUAUUGACGUCAACGAGUUGUGUUCUCAAUUGAAUGGAAGCUACAGAUUUAAUCCUUUCAAUCGGUCGCGUUCCCGCCAUUUUGAUCUCCACUGAAGAAUCUGCUUCUCGUAUCUGGUAUAAACAGGAUCGUCAUCGUGCAGCGACACGAGCUCGCUAAAUAAUACGGCGAUUGUUCGUUGGAACUGUUUAUAAUGAAUGCAAAAAAUUUAGAUUGGGCUUUGGUCGGCAAUACGAAGAAACGUCCCAUUUGGAAAGACAAUGAAGUUAUUACUCUUCUGAAACUAAUACACAAGAACAAUCUUUUCAAGAAGUUGCAAACUGACUCUCAAGUAAGUAAAACGCUACUCAAGUCUAUGAAAGACUUGGGAUAUAACAGAACUGUGUUUCAAAUUAAGAUCAAGAUUAAGAAUUUAAGAAGGGUUUACGCACAGUAUAAAAAACAGGGUAUCCCAAAUUCCUUAAAAGGUAAUUCAUUCUUUAGUCUGUUGAUGAAAGUUUUUGAAGAUACGAAGGACAAGAUGGAAGAAAUUAAAUAUGAGGUGAAUAAUAAGUCUAAAAUAUGGACUGAAAAUGAAGUGAAAAAAAUGUUGUCUAUCAUUAAGGAGUUUAAUUUAACACAAGAGCUCUCCCUUAGUUCGUUUUCGCUACCUGCGUUGCAUCGAGUUAGUGAGAUGAUGAGAUGUAAUGGUUUCUACAGACCGCUCGACGAAGUAAGAACGGUACUCAAUUGUUUCAAGAAAGCUUACAUUAAAUCCCGUGAUAACUCUUGCAUCGACAAAGAGAAAUUAUGUCCUUACUACAAUUGUUUGGAUGAACUUUGGGGUUCUAUGACUGAGACUUUUAAUUCACCUGAAAAGAAGGAAUCACCAGUGGUAAAAAGUGAAACUAGCUUUCAAAAAAGAGAACGAGGAGAAUUCUGGUCAGAGGAGGAAACCAUCGUAUUAUUGACUUGCAUCAAAGAACUGGAUGUGGUCGAUGAAGCAUUUAGAACUACUGAAUAUGCGACCACCAAGUUAAGCGAGGCAUUAAAAGACAGCGGAUACAUGCGAACUAAUUCACAAAUUCGGAACAAACUAAAGAAUCUGAAAUCUAAUUUCAUCAAUGAGAGACGCUCAAAUUGCAUGGAAGUUGCUAUUAAAAAAUUCCCUUUCUACCACUUAUACGAAAGUAUUUUCGGAGACAAUUUUUCUAGCAUAAACGAUGGCUCGAUGCCUGCAGCUUCCGAAGAAAACGAGAAAAUGCAGGAGGAAACCUAUCAUUUAGUGCCAGAAAAUGAAUCAGAUAAAUCCAUGGAAAGGAAAAAACACAACAGAAGUCCAGCAUGGUCCGAGGAAGAAACGAUCCUUCUUUUUGCCCUGAUUCAUGAGAUGCACUUAGCCGAAGAGAUUAGAGAACGACUCACGUUGGAUGUUGCUUUGAAGUUGGUGAAGCCUAUUGAAGAACAUGGUUUUAUUCGAACGGCUGAACAGAUUAAAACAAAGCUUAAAAAUCUUAGAUCGGCUUAUCAUCGAUGUAUUCAACUGGGCGUAACUCCAAGUGCGCUUGCUGAUUGCCCACACUUUAACAGACUUCACGUGGUCUUCGAGAGAAUCAUUCCUGGGAAAAAAGUAGAGAUCGUACGCAAAUUGCAGCCUGUAGAUGACGAUUACAUGAGCAUUAUAGAACCUUCUGUGGACCAUAGUUACGUUAAUGUUCAAAGUGUAGAUGAGAUAGAAAAAUUAGAUUCUUCGACCAGACUGGAAAGGUCUAAGAGUCGCGAUUUAGAUAAAGAAGAAUGGUGUCCUGUCGAAACAAUUCUUGAUGACGAGUGUUCGUCAUCCUCUGUAAAUGAAAAAGAUGAAAUCAGAGACGAGGGAGUAGACGACGAAGAACAAGAUAUACAGCAAGUAGAAUUUGAAGAAGUCGACGACGGGGAUGAGAUUUACCUUUGCAAAGAUUCAGAGUCACUUAACGACGAGACGUUUGAACCUGUAGAAAAGGACCAAUCGCUGUUUGAUGAACCCUUGGAAAAUAUGAAGCUACAAAAAAUCCAAAAAGUGGAAUCAACGGUUAAUUACGAAUCGGUGAAUGAUUCGCAAUCACUGUAUAAAGAGGAAUCGUGUAAUUUGCCUUCGCGAAAUGAAAUACGACAGAUUGAACGCUCUCGAAGUGAUUCAUCAUCCAGGGCUGCAAAGACUUCCAGACAAUUGCACAAUUCCUUCGAUCCUUAUCCUGCCCAAAGUAACAGUGUUCUCAUGCAGACAAAAACAGUGAGAAGUAUAAUGACCGAUGUUCUGAAGCAUGAAAAGUGGUUGCAAGAGCAACAUCAAACAUGGAUGGAAAAACAAUUCGAAAUCCAGAGAAAACACGAUCGAGAACAGAGAGAAUUAUUCCUGAAUGAAUUAAAAGAGUUACGGCACGCCAUCACUAGUACCAUGUUUCGACGUGAAUUUUUUCAAGACCAGUAAAAAUAGCGCUUCUAAUUCUGGUAAUUCUUACUAUUCAAGUUCCAUUGCAAAUAUCUUUUAUGAACAUAAUCUCAUCACGAUCUGUAACAGAUUCGAGGAACUGUCACUCGAAUCUCUUCAGAAAAACAAUCCCCAUAUUUUAUCUGCCAUUAAUUCAGAAGUGUUAUUUAAUAUUUAGAUAUAAUUUCUCGAGUUACUGCAAUGCUGAAUAUUUUUUCUAUAGUAUCUGCGAUGAAAUGUGCAAACUGAGGUGUUACUUAAAGACGUGCACCAUCACAGCUCAUUUACCUGUCAUUUUGUACAUAUACAAACCAUUCGUGUACGCAUAUAAUAAGUAAAAGUUGAAUUAAUGUUGAAAAUGUGUACAUUAUGUGGUUUUUUAAAAUGAUUAAAGUUAAGCGAGAACAA